AUGGCGGAGAUCUACGCCGACUUUGCGCAGGAGCUCCAGCGGGUGCAGGAGGGAGGGGCCGACUUGCUCGACGAGGCGGACGGGCUGCUCGCGCGCUGGGGAGCGCUGUGUGAGGCACAGUUGCAGAAUCUGGCAGAAGACGUUGACGGAGACGCUGUGGAGGCAUGGACGCUCGAGCGGAACACCUGGGCUCUCGUGCAGGCUCUCUACGCCGAACGCCUGAAUGAGGACCCUGCAGAGCCAUCAUCAUCAAAGAACCCGUACACGCCGCCCUUGACUGUUGCGCAGAAGUUGAUCGAGGGCAACAAGGACCUUGUCGAGCUGUCGGUCAUCCGCGACUGGCUUCACUCGAUCCCUUCCUCGCUCAACCCCGCCGAGAUCCGGCGAGGAUACCAACCCUACACGAAGAACAAGCUGAAGCAGGUUCGACGGACUGGGGCGAAGGCGCCGAAGGGACUGGUUGAGCGACUGGACCCGGACGCGUUGCUGAGGGCCAAGAUGGAGGACGAGGGAGCGAGGCUGGAGGCGGACGAUGCAGCCUACGAGCGAGCCUUGUUGCGAAGCCUGUACGAAUACGUCCGCGCAGGCGAACUCGAUCUCGCCAUCGACAUGUGCCGCCAGUCCGACCAGUCCUGGCGCGCCGCGUCUCUCUCGGGGGGCAAGCUGUGGUGGGACCCGGCACUCGCGCCGAACGAGGAAGGUUACGACGAGAUUGAGAUGGUCGAGAAGGAGGAGAAGCGGAUUAAGGGGAACGCAAACAGGAAACUGUGGAAGUCGAUGUGCCGGAAGCUUGCGGCUCAGAACACGGUUGACCCUUACGAGCGCGCCCUGUACGGCGCUUUGUCCGGCGACGUCACCUCGGUUCUUCCGGUCUGUUCCUCGUGGGAAGACGUCGUCUGGGCGCACCUCAACGCGCUCUUCGAGUCGCACGUCGAAGCCGGCCUCGCCUCCUCUCCUGCGGGCCGCUACUGGCAGUCCUCAUCCGUCGCCCCGCUCGACUCGAAGACGCCUCUCGACCCUGAAGACCCGCUAUUCGGCUCGGCAGCGCAGGGCAAGGCGAUCCGGCAGGAGCUCGAGCACGUGUUUGAGAAGCUUCUGCGGAGCGACAAGGCGGACUUGGCGGCGUCGGCGAAGGACCCGUUCCACGUCUCGCAGGCUUACCUCGUCAUUGGCAAGAUCGACGAGUUGUUGAACGCGUUUGUCGAGCGGAUCGAAGCGGCAGCGACGGAUACGGAACCCGAAACCCUCGCCCACCUUCUCCGCUUCUUCUCGCACCUCAUCCUCGUCCUUCGUCUCCUCAAGCAACCUCUGCCCGAAUAUGCCGCGAACCGGAUCCUCGAAGCCUACGUUCACGUCCUCGAGGCGCACGACCAGGACGAGAACCUCAUCGCGUUCUACGCGAGCAACCUCGAGCAGCAGAGCGCUGUCGAGAGCUACGCGAGAUUCUUGCUCACGUUCGGCCUCGACUCGGAUAUCCACGCUCGCCACCUCGCUCUCCGCAAGUCGCGCGAACACGGCCUAUCCCUCCCGCUCAUCGCCCGCCGGACUGUCGAGCUCAUCCUCUCUUCCACACUUGCGACUCUCCCGCCUUCCUUCGCCCUUCCUGCGACCGGUCUGGACGCCUAUGCGCGAGUUGAUGCGCGGCAACUCGAGCUGAUCCGGAGCUUGGAAUGGCUUACGGCGGAGAAGGAGACGUAUGAGGAUGCGAUCAAGGAGGCGAAUGCGCUUGCGAGGUGGUUCCUCUCCACGGACGCAUCUUCCGCCGCGCGCCAGCUCCUGCGCUCUCUCCCCGACGACUUGCUCCCCUCUCUCGCAUCCGCCUCGACGACAACCGGCACAGACAGCGAAGGCGGCGAGCCCUCGCUUGCAGUCCAGCUCGACAUCCGCGAGCACCUCGACUACCGCGCGCUGUACGACUGCUUGGACAAGCAUGCGAGGUGGAGCGAGGUUUGGGCUAGGAGGCCUGGUCCCGGCGCUUCCAAGCUGGACGUCGCGCAGUACCGCGAGGGGAUCGCCGCACUCGUCGACGAGUUCUACCAAAGUGCGGUGCAGCUGCUCGAGGGCGAGUGGCUCAAGCUGGAUGGGCUGGACGCGACGAUCGAUGCUGCAGCCUCUCGCCGCCAUGCUGAACUCGCGAGGAUCCGAAGGCUUGUCGUGCCCGACCUUGUCUUCCGGCUGCACCGCGUCUUGUACGAGACGAGCGAACUCAUUCCUGCAAACCUCCCGCUGUGCCUCUCGCUCGCCAACCUCGUCGCCGACGAGCGGUACCAGCUCUACCUCGAGUUCGUCGCCGCCUCCCCCGCCGAGAUUGACACUGCGCCGCUCGGUCUCAAGGCGUACUUGGAGGAGGUGCGCAAGGCGAGCCUCGCGAGUUUGGAUGCGGGACGAGGACCGUUCGGGACGGAGCCGCCGGCGAACCAGCGCAAGUAG